GCUGGAGGCUGGGUGGGAAUAGAAUCCUUCCAUCCUUGCAAUGAGAGAACAUCACCCCACCCCCAUACGUACACACUGAAAAAACAUGGGGAAUGUAGGGACACAGGCCAAUACGAUGCCAGAUCUAGUUGGAUAUAGUUAUGGUAUGGCCUGGUAUGGGUUUGUGUUCCUCCCCAGGGCUAUCUGCUUUGCCAUGGGUUGGUUCUGGGCCUGGCUGACAGCACUUUGGGCACUGGGAGCCAUGGGGGCCAAAGCACUGCGCAUUGGAGCCUUCAACAUUCAGAGCUUUGGUGACAACAAAGUGUCAGAUCCAGAUUGCGGCAGUGUCAUAGCACAGAUCCUGGCUGGCUACGAUAUCGCCCUGGUGCAGGAGGUGCGAGACCCAGACCUGAGUGCAGUGUCCUUGCUCAUGGAGCAAAUUAACAGAGUGUCCAAGCAUGAGUACAGUUUUGUGAGCAGCAAGCCACUUGGACGUGACCAAUACAAGGAAAUGUAUCUGUUUGUCUACAGGAAAGAUGCAGUGUCGCUUGUCAGCACAUACCAGUAUCCAGACCCAGAGGAUGCCUUCAGCCGGGAGCCUUUUGUAGUCAAAUUCUCAGCUCCUGGUACUGCUGCCAAGGAGCUAGUGCUGAUCCCCUUGCAUGCAGCACCACAUCAGGCGGUAGCAGAGAUCGAUGCCCUCUAUGAUGUGUACCUCGAUGUGAUUGACAAGUGGAACACUAAUGACAUGGUGUUUCUAGGUGACUUUAAUGCCGAUUGCAAGUACGUAAAGGCACAUGACUGGGUAUCAAUCCGUCUGCGCAGUAGUGAGGUGUUCAAAUGGCUCAUCCCAGACAGUGCCGACACCACAGUGGGCAACUCAGACUGUGCCUAUGACCGGAUUGUAGUGAGUGGUGCUCACUUGCGUAAGAGCCUGAAGCCCCAGUCAGCCUCUGUUCACAACUUUCAGGAGGAAUUUGGCCUAGAUCAGACCCAGGCUCUUGCCAUCAGUGACCAUUUUCCUGUGGAAGUGACCUUCAAGUCUCACUGACAGCUAUGGCCUAGCCAGGAUAUACCACCUGCAGACUCUGGCCCCGUGGAAUGGUCCCACAAUGGAUCACUGGGUGGCAGGCCACCCACCCAUUGAGAAUACAGGCCAGGGCUAGCUGGUGUGGACAAAGACUAUGGACACAUUACAGGAUUGUUCAGAGCCCGUUUCCUCAUUUGUAAGGUGUGCUAACAUCACCUAGCUCAUAGGGCUGUUGUGAGGAGUACCCAUGAAAGGAACCAGAGCAACAUCAAGCACAUAGCUGCAUGUUUAAUAAACAAGUCACUCUUGGCCAGGACUAUCCCCAGGUCAGAUGAGGCCCCUCUGCUCUGAGACCUCUGUCCCUAGGCUGCAAAACUUAGCCUUAAUGCCCAUUAGGUCUAUGUUUCCAUUGCUCUCAGGGAAUUGGAUGGCUUAGCUUGUGCACUUCUCAGCCUGGUAGAAGCUGUGCCAGUUCCCUGUCCUUAUUUCCUUUACACAAGCUUCAAAUGCUUCCACGAAUCAUAACCCCAAGUGCUUGGGUAGUAAUGUCUUUCUGGGCCCUGCUGGAUUUCUGCCUUCAGGGAUCGAUCAUAAAACGCUAAUCUGAAGCAGAAGCUGGGUUCUAACCUAACUGCAGGAGCAAGGGAGGCUGCACCCAUCCCGGUGCAAAAUAUUUCUGCAAAAUAAGGGCAAUUGCUUGGCACUAAAGUCCUGUCCUGAGCCUGUACCCUUGCUUGGGUUGAGGCCUUCAAAGGAGCCUUAUAUCACUUUCCCCCUAAAGUACUGGAAUGGGAAAGGCCCUGAGAGGAUGGAGAUUUUAUGCUCUGGUGUGCAUCACUUUAGGAGCAGGAAAUAUCUCUUGGAACACAGGGCUCUCAUGAGGUUUCUGGUUGUUCAAACUUCUCAUCUUGUGUGUGUGUGCCUGUAUUUAUUUAUUUCUGUGUGUGCCUAUGGAGAUAAAUAAAACAUCUUUAGUGGCAUUAGAGAAAUAGGUCUGAAUCACAUGGAGAAAAACCCUUGUGAUGGAUUAGAAAGUUUGGUUCUGUUUGUUUUGGCAUUUCUGGGAUUAAACCAAGGGCCUAGAGCAUGCUAGGUAGGUGCUCUAGUAAGCCUUAUUCUCAACCUACAAGUCUGGUUCUUGCAAAAUCUAAUGUAAGAUUCAGGACCUGGCACUGAAUAAGCAGUACUGGUCUGGGGCUGCAGCUCAGCGGGCUGGCCUAGCAUGCCAUGGGUUUGGUCCCCAGCACCACAUAAACCAGUAAUGCCAGCACGCAGGAGGCAGAGCAGAGGCAGGAGACUUGGCAUUUAAGGCAGUCCUCAUUUAAAUAGUCGGAGAGUCAUCUUGGGUACAUGAGACCCUGUCUGGGACAGGAAUGGGGGCGUAGUCAGGGAAAGGUGGCAGCUCUUUAGUCACCAUCCUCCACAUUCCUGUUCCUCAAGUUCCUCUGAUAGUUGCCUACUCUUUUUAAAUGAAAACAUGGGGCCCCGAGGAUUUUCUCUGGAGGUUCUGGAGGGCGACAGAGACUGUCUGGCCUGGCCUUAAAAGACAGUUAGUAAAGGCCAGGAAUAGGCCAACCUGCAGGUUGUUCACAAUUCUGCUUUAAGAUGGACAUGCAGUAUGAUCUUAUAAGAUCCAGAGUGACUUGUGCUCACAGAGAAGAAAGGUUCUUGUGGUUGGGGCUGUAGGCCCUAGGCUUCAAGGAACACCUUAUGAGUAUGCAUUUGUAUAAGACAGAGGUCAAGGAGGUAUCUACCUUGUUUUGAAACAAAGUGUCUCACUGGCACUCACUAAUUAGGCUAGACUGGCUGGCCAGAGAAUCCCAGAGACCUGUCUGUUCCUGUCUGUCCAGUACUAGAUUAUAAGUGCAUCCACUAUGUCUUGCUUUUUACUAAGCUCUCAUGAUAGUUGGUGAGACCUUACUGACAGAUCUAUUCCCCUAGCUAACAGGACUGUCAAAAAUAAUGUGUAUGUGUGUGCGUGUGUAAGUGAAACGUGUCUGGGUGUUUUGCCUGCAUGUGUGUAUGUGCACCAUGUGCACACAGAGCACAGAAGGCAUUGGAUCUCCUGGAACAGAUGAGUAUGAGCCACAUGUCAGUGCUGGGAUUUGAACCUGGGUCCUGUGCAAGAGCAGUCAGUGGUCUUAACCACCGAGUUGCCUCUACAUCCAGGAACAGGACAUUUUAAGGUCAGGAACACAAGAGCUAAGACAAUUUUUAAGUUGAAAAAGACCUUGUUUAUAAUCCUUGGGACCAGUGGGUCCCCAGAAGGCACAUGUGACUAAAUGCCCGUGUGGCAGCCUUGCUUUAGCCCCUCUUUUGCUUGAGCUUUUCUAAGUACACCUGCAGGGACUUCUGGAUAGAGUCUCGGGAGAUGAAGCUGAUGAAAUUCUGGAUGUCAGCCUCCCGCUGCUUGAUCAAGUUGUCUGCUGUGGCCUUUCGCAUCAUGCUCUUGGUCAGCUGCCGAGAAUGGUCUAAAGAAAAUGGGGUUAUUUGUGAAACCUUCAGAGAAUGUGGGGCCAUUCCUGGCUGUUCUAUACUUUCUUCAAGUAUUGAAAUACAGACUCCUAGAGAAAGAAAGCUGGGUGUCUUAGCAUUUGGGCAGCUAAGGUGGGAUAGGGAGUUCAAGGCCAGACUGAAAUGAACACCCUGUCUAAACAAACUCACAUAAAUAAAAUGUAGGAGCAGA